AUGGCAGUGCUGCUGUGUAGGAUUGCUGUCGAUGGCUCCUCGGUGCCAGUGGAUCGCCCCUUCUGCUGCCAGUCUGCUGCAGUCCUGCGAACAGCGGCGUCGCAUGCAGCAACAGCAGAGCAGCCAGCAGGCGCAUCAGUGCGAGACGAAUUCGUCUUACGAACAGCAGCCCCAGCGGCUCUUCGAGCAGCGCUUCCCUCUCUCCCUUCAGCAGAUGCGAGUUCCUCUGAGGAAGCAGAAGAAGCGGGGGAGGUGGCUGCUGGAAAAGCGGACGAAACUCGCCUGGCGACGCGUGCAGCACCACGUGCAGCAGCUGCCCGACCUGCUGCAGCAGCAACGAGCCAUGCUUGUGUCACCGGAGCAGGAGCAGGAGCUGAACGCUGCGGCACAAAAGCACGACAGGAAAAUCCGUGA